AUGAAGAUCUGGGCACUCGCCGUGCUCUUCUCCGUCGCAGCCGUUUCGGCCCAGGAAGACCCUCUCGCUGUUUUCACGCCAUGCGGCAAGAAAUGUUUCGAGGACGCUGCCAAGACGGCCGGGUGCAAGGAUGCCAACGACACCCCCUGCCUCUGUGGCGACAAAUACGUCCAGCUUGUGACCAAUUGCAUUCCUGCUUGCGGUAGUGCCGAUAUCGUCGCCGCCCUCGCUCUCAAGGCUAAGCGCUGCACUCCCCAGCCUUCGCCGUCGCCGUCCCCUUCGCCUUCGCCGUCCCCUUCGCCUUCGCCUUCGCCGUCCCCUUCGCCUUCGCCUUCGCCAUCGCCCUCGCCGUCGCCGUCGCCGUCGCCCUCGCCUUCGCCGUCGCCCUCGCCUUCGCCCUCGCCGUCGCCUUCGCCGUCGCCGUCCCCUUCGCCGUCGCCGUCGCCCUCGUCUUCGCCUUCCUCCCCCGCCCCUUCGCCGUCUGGCAACAAUAAUCACGGUCUCUCCGACUGCUCCGCCAACUGUCUCAGGAAGGCCAUUGCUUCCCAGGGAUGCAAGGGUGAGGACGACAUUGCUUGUAUGUGCACGGAUGCCUUCACCACGGCUGCUACCCCUUGCGUCGCCGGCUGCCCCGACAUUGCCGCCGUCCUGGCUCAGAAGGCCCAGCGCUGCAAUGCCAAGCCUUCUGCGUCGCCUUCGCCGUCAGCCUCUCCAUCUCCUUCAGCCUCUCCCUCGCCGUCGGCCUCUCCCUCGCCGUCGGCCUCUCCCUCGGGGUCCCCCUCGGCUUCUUCCCCCGCCCCUUCGCCGACUGGUAAUAACAAUCACGGCCUCUCCGAUUGCUCCGCCAACUGUCUCAGGAAGGCCAUUGCUUCCCAGGGCUGCAAGGGUGAGGACGACAUUGCUUGUAUGUGCACGGAUGCCUUCACCACGGCUGCUACCCCUUGCGUCGCCGGCUGCCCCGACAUUGCCGCCGUCCUGGCUCAGAAGGCCCAGCGCUGCAAUGCCAAGCCUUCUGCGUCGCCUUCGCCGUCAGCCUCUCCAUCUCCUUCAGCCUCUCCCUCGCCGUCGGCCUCUCCCUCGCCGUCGGCCUCUCCCUCGGGGUCCCCCUCGGCUUCUUCCCCCGCCCCUUCGCCGACUGGUAAUAACAAUCACGGCCUCUCCGAUUGCUCCGCCAACUGUCUCAGGAAGGCCAUUGCUUCCCAGGGCUGCAAGGGUGAGGACGACAUUGCUUGCAUGUGCACGGAGGCCUUCACUACCGCUGCUACCCCCUGCGUCGCCGGCUGCCCCGACAUUGCUGCCGUCCUGGCCCAGAAGGCCCAGCGCUGCACUGGUGGUGGCACUACUCCUGGCGGUGGCACCACUCCCGGCGGUGGCACGACCCCUGGUGGUGGCACUACUCCCGGAGGCGGCACGACCCCUGGUGGUGGUACAACCCCCGGCGGCGACAAUCACGGCCUCUCCGACUGCUCCGCCAACUGCCUCAGGAAGGCCAUUGCUUCCCAGGGCUGCAAGGGUGAGGAUGACAUUGCUUGCAUGUGCACGGAUGCCUUCACUACCGCUGCUACUCCUUGCGUCUCGGGCUGCCCCGACAUCGCCGCCGUCCUGGCCCAGAAGGCCCAGCGCUGCACUGGUGGUGGCACCACCCCCGGUGGUGGCACUACUCCCGGCGGUGGCACUACUCCCGGCGGUGGCACUACUCCCGGCGGUGGCACGACCCCUGGUGGCGGUACAACCCCCGGCGGCGACAACCACGGCCUCUCCGACUGCUCCGCCAACUGUCUCAGGAAGGCCAUUGCUUCCCAGGGCUGCAAGGGUGAGGACGACAUUGCUUGUAUGUGCACGGAUGCCUUCACCACGGCUGCUACCCCUUGCGUCUCGGGCUGCCCCGACAUUGCUGCCGUCCUGGCCCAGAAGGCCCAGCGCUGCACUGGUGGUGGCACUACUCCCGGUGGUGGCACGACUCCCGGUGGCGGUACGACUCCCGGUGGUGGCACGACUCCCGGCGGCGGCACGACUCCCGGUGGCGGUACGACUCCCGGCGGCGGCACGACCCCUGGUGGUGGUACAACCCCCGGCAGCGGCACUGGCUCUGGAUCCGGCACGGGCACAGGCGGUGGUCUCCCCGACCUGUCCAAGCUCUCUCCUUGCUCGCUCACGUGCAUCAUGGGGGCUGUCACUUCGCAGAGCUGCAAGGGCCCUAUGGACACGGCGUGCAUCUGCACGGAAAAGUUCACCAACGCCGCCGCCAAGUGCCUCCAGUCCAAGUGCAAGACCGAGGACGUUGUAGCCGCCCUCAACCUCCAGCGUGGCCUCUGCCCCAAGCUCGGCCUUCCCGACCUCAAUCCACUCAACACGUGCGCUCAGACCUGUGUCCUCGACUCGAUGAAGGCAUCUGGAUGCAGCGGCCCGCUCGACAAGCAAUGCGUCUGCGGUACCAGCUACACCGUCCAGGCCGGUGUUUGUCUCCUUGCCCGUGGAUGCGGCCUUGACCAGACUCCAAAGGCCCUCUUGGUCGAGAAGAAGAUGUGCUUCGCCCCAGACUCGACCCCGUGCUCGAGCCAGGGCCUGUUCAAGAUCUUUGACUUGACUUGCUGGAUCAACAACCGUCGCGACAUGAGCUCGGUUCACGAGCGUCGCGGUACUCCGGCCGCCCGUGCGGCCCGCCACAACAUGGUCGUUUAG